AUGAUGGCAAAGAAACCGAUAUGGGAAUGGAUCCCCAACUGCCAACAAGUGUUCGAUACGCUCAAAGCAAAGUUUGUCUCGGCCCCCAUGCUCCUCAUGCCAGACAAGAUGAAACCUUUUAUCAUCGAGUCCGAUGCCUCGCUUGUGGCUACAGGAGCGGUAUUAAGACAAACUGAUGUCAACGGAGACCUCCACCCAUGUGGCUAUUUGUCAAAAUCGUUUAACCCAGCCGAACGGAACUACGAGAUCUAUGACAGAGAACUAUUAGGAAUCGUUCGUACCCUUGAAGAAUGGUGCCAUUACCUCGAUGGCUCUCUUCAUCCGAUAGUAAUACACAGCGAUCACAAAAACCUGACCUACUACCGGACAGCCCAGAAGCUGAACAGACGCCAAGCGCCAUGGAGUCUUUUCUUAUCCCAGUUUGAACUCCAGUUGGUGCACGUCCCAGGAAUGCAAAUGAUACAGUCGGACACCCUAUCUCGGCUGCUUGGAAAGGGUGACCGAGAUCAUGAUAAUGAAGAUCGUAUCCUCCUCCCAGAAGCAUUGUUCAUGCAUUCGAUAUCGACACAAUUAUACUAA